UUAUAUAUUGCUUUUGCUAUCUAGCUCGUAGUGGCUUUGUGCUGUAGCUAAACUGUCAAGUGUUCAGUUGGAGACAUAUUAGUUAGAACCGAACGAUAGGAAGGUUUAGGAUACAUUUUGUCAGUUGACCAACUAAGCUGUCAUUGUGCAGUUAUGGCAAUAGCGCUUAUGCCUUUGGUUAGUACACCAUUUUAGCGAACAUAAAGGAGGAGUAAAAGCGACGUAUGUUACAUUAGUUUUUACAUUGUUAUACAUUUAAAUUAAUUGAGUUACCAUUCAUAGUACACUGUCGUGUGGGAAAGGCUCAUGUUUACUAAUUGAGCUUUUUUAGAGCCAGAAUUAAAUUGGCUGGCAAGCUAGCUAUGCAAUCUAUGCAGACUAAACUAAGUUCCCGCCGAAGCCCCUUGAUGAAAUCAAGGCAGCCAAAAGUUGCCUAGAAUCCAGUUUGAACGAGAGCAUCACCUGUUUGUGCACAGUUCAUAGUUUGAAAAUUAAUUUUACAGUUAUUGUAUACCCCAAGAGUCAGUGAAACAAUGUCCGAUUGUUAUGCAGUAAAAUUGUUGAACCAAGCACAACUAACCGUAUAGAAUGUUUCAGCAUGUUUUGAUUCACAUCACAAACACUUGCUAGCUAGCCUAAUGGUAUGUAACGUAGCCUAACAUUGGCUAGAGCAGAUAUCUAUGUUUACCUAUAGAAUAUAUAUGUAUCAACAUGAAUGGAAUCCAUGUUAUGACCCUGGGGCCAAAGGUUAGACCUGCCCUCUAGUUAAUGUUUUACAUGUCUAAAUAUGAAUUGAUUCCUCUGUUGAAAUUACUUAUAAAGGGGACACUAAAAUGUUCCCAGACCCCAUACACCUAGACUUGGUAUUUGUUAUUGAGUCUGCACUAAGUCACUAAGGCAAAUGUACAUUCACAGCCAAUAAAUAAGAAGCCAUGGAUGAGAAUGGAAAUAUGACCAGAGAAGACAGCCGACUUGAAAGCCCAAAUGAAGCGGCACUGUUAGCUCUGCUGGAGAAGACCGGCUACAGUAUGGUCCAAGAGAAUGGCCAAAGGAAGUUCGGUGGUCCACCUCCAGGUUGGGAAGGCCCUCCUCCUCCUCGGGGCUGCGAAGUUUUUGUGGGCAAGAUCCCACGGGACAUGUACGAGGACGAGCUGGUGCCCGUGUUCGAGCGUGCUGGCCGCAUCUAUGAGUUCCGCCUGAUGAUGGAGUUCAGCGGCGAGAACCGCGGCUACGCCUUCGUCAUGUACACGACCCGCGAGGCAGCCCAGCGUGCCAUCCAGAUGCUGGACAACCACGAGAUACGGCCUGGCAAGUUCAUCGGCGUGUGCGUGAGCCUGGACAACUGCCGCCUGUUCAUCGGCUCUAUCCCCAAGGACAAGCGCAAGGAGGAGAUCCAGGAGGAGAUGAUGAAGGUGACCGAGGGAGUUGUGGACGUGAUCGUUUACCCCAGCGCCACUGAUAAGACGAAGAACCGCGGCUUCGCCUUUGUGGAGUACGAGUCUCACAAGGCUGCGGCCAUGGCUCGCAGGAAACUCAUUCCAGGCACGUUCCAGCUGUGGGGCCACACCAUCCAGGUGGACUGGGCGGAGCCAGAGCGUGACGUGGACGAGGAGACGAUGCAGCGCGUGCGGGUGCUCUACGUGCGCAACCUGAUGCUGCACACCACCGAGGAGACGCUGCGCGCCGAGUUCUCGCGCCUCAAGCCCGGCUCGGUGGAGCGCGUCAAGAAGCUCACCGACUACGCCUUCGUGCACUUCCACUCGCGCGAGGACGCCGUCGCCGCCAUGCACGCCUCCAACAGCGCCCUGGUCGACGGCUCGCCCAUCGAGGUCACCCUCGCCAAGCCCGUCAGCAAGGACGGCAGUCGACGCUUCAACGGCCGCGGGGGUAUGCUCGCCGGCAUGCCCAUGGGCGGCCCUUAUGGCGACGCCGGUGGCUUCGUCUUCCAGGGCAAGCCGGAUGACCUCACUGGCAUGGCGGCGGUAACCACGAGCAUGGGAGGGCUCAAGCUGUUCACCAACGGUGGUGGCAUCGGCAGUGGGGGCAACUCGGGGCGUCCUCUCAGCCUGCCGCCGCGGCUGGGCAGCCCGUGCGGGCUGGACGUGGAGCGCUGCGUGUUCCCCUUCCACCCCGGCUCCAGCCUGGUGCCCGUGGGGCUUCAGGCGCUCAAGCCUGGCCAGCUCAGCUCGGCCGUCAGCCUGCUGGAGUACCACUGCCUGAAGAACGGCUGGGCGCCGCCCGAGUACUACCUCUACUCUACGGUGGCCCAGGAGGGCAAGAUGCUGCUGAUCUACAAGGUGGUGCUCAGCAGCACGCGCAGCAGCUUCAUGCCCGACAAAGUGUGCACCGUGCUGGAGGAUGCCAAGGAGCUGGCUGCGCAGCACGCGCUCUGGAGCCUGGAUUGCUCCUUCCUGGGCCAGGGCUCUCCUGGCAGCCUGUCUCCCCCGGCCCCUUCCUCCUCCCCCGGGCUGCUCACCUUCGGCUGCCGCCCCGUCCCCUACCCCAGCUACCCCCUGGCCCCCCUGUCCCCGCCCCUGUCCCUCAGCAGCGCUCCAGGCCAGAGGAUCUACCUGCCCAGCCAGACACCCUACUACUGA